AUGCACACUAUUGAGUGGCAGAAACGCGGCCUGCCUCACGCACAUAUACUAAUUUGGCUGUGCGACAAGAUUGAGGCCACAGAAAUCGAUCAUCUUAUUUCUAAUGAAAUUCCUGAUCCGUGGGCUGACCCUGAAUUGUACGAAAUAGUGACAACCAACAUGAUUCAUGGUCCCUGCGGGUCGCAUUACAAUUACACCAGCUGUCACAACAAGGACGGCAAAUGCACCCGUCAGUACCCACGAGAUUUCGUGAGCGAAGCCAUUACUGGGAGCGAUGGCUAUCCACUGUACCGGCGAAGGAGUCCCGCUGAGGGAGGAUUUACAGCCGUGGUAAAGGGCCACCAAGUGGGUAACAGAUGGGUAGUGCCAUACUGUCCCCUGCUAACAAAAGCGUUCAAUGCGCACAUCAAUGUCGAAUAUUGCCAUUCAGUUCGCUCCAUCAAGUAUGUAUGCACGUACAUCAACAAAGGGACUGAUGCUGCAAUGUUUGGUAUUAGGCAGGACGGUUCCGUAGACGAAAUUCAGGACUUCCUUGCAGGGCGCGUCAUUAGUAGCACAGAGGGCCCUUGGCACAUAUUCAGCUUCCUCAUCCACGAACGCUUCCCAGCAAGAAAACGACGAACUUCGUUAUUUUUUUGCGGAUACAGCAAUGGAUGUGGCUGCGCGUACCAAAGACACAACGCUUACACCGUUCUUCAAACUUUGUCGACAGGACGAGUUUGCUAA